AUGACUCUUCAAGUUUUGUCUCGUUCACCGCCGGUGAGACACAAACGUCCGCGUUCACCUGAUGACCUGAAGACAGAGAGAAAAGGGAGGAAUUAUGGGGGAAUGGUCGGUGGUUCUGCAGCGGAGUGCACGGCGGUGUGUUGCUGCUUUCCACUUACCAUUAUGGAGCUGCUUGUUUUAGGACUUUACAAGGUUCCUACUGGACUUUGCAAGAAGGCUUGCAGAAGGAAGAAAGGAAAGCACAAGAGCCAUGGCUUUCAUCCUACGUCGUCUAGUGAGGACCAGGACACGGAGCUACACCAAAUGGUGGGUAAUGCGGAUGAUGGGUCCAGGGUAACCGUGGAUUCGGAGGACAAGAAGUCGGACCGGUUCUUUGGGACCGGGUUUUGGAGAGAUCCUUCGGAAAAAGAGACCCAUGACGUGAUGUGUGAAAGGAAUUAA